GCGUUGAAACAAUCGCCCUUCGCAGGGGAAGGGUUCGCUAAUCAUCACUCUGUUGUGCCAUACUCUGUUAUUUUUGUGUUCAUUUACCGUGUGCGCGGUUUAUAUCGUGCAUAUAAAAUAUAAUCUUAAUACUCCUGUAGUAAAAUACAUUUAUAAGCAUUCCAAUGAAGCGGAAAUAAAAACGCGCAAAAUGACAAGGAUACAGUGGUCUUUGGCGAAGGCGCCAAAAGUCCUUAGGAUUAAUUUGAAACGAAAAUGGUGGCGGUUCCAAAUUGUCAUCAAAUCCUUGUUUUACAAUGAUUUCUUGAACUGGGGUUAUGUCUGUGAUAUACUUAUGGAACCCAUGUUUUGGUUUGUUGAAAAUUUUACUGCCUGCCUGGGUCCGCCCACAGGUGUUUGUGGUAAUGGGUGUGGUAUUGACUGCCACCAUUGUGUACAUCGCUUACUAUGUAGGCUUACCCUGGUGGUGGAAUCAAAGUCCGUUGGUGACAGUAAUUCUGCUGCUAGUUGGAAACUGGCUGUUGGCUAAUGUGUGCUUUCACUAUUACAUGGGCACAGUAAUGUCUGCUGGUUAUCCACCAGAAGGAGGUCUUAUUCCUGAGGCGGUAAGCAUUUGCAAGAAAUGCAUUAAACCAAAGCCACCUAGAACGCAUCACUGUUCCGUCUGUAACAAAUGCAUUCUCAAAAUGGACCAUCAUUGUCCAUGGCUGAACAAUUGCAUUGGCCAUUAUAAUCAUCGACAUUUCUUCCUAUAUUUGGUUUACACUGUGGUUGGCAUUACAUUUAUUAUGAUAUUUGGUGUGCAACUUGCUUACGAGGAAUUCUUCCCCGAUCAGGAUCCCGAACUGAUCGGUCAUCCGGUGCGCCUUAAUAAUUCGGAAAUCAUUCCCGUGACGGAGUCGUUGGAACACUUAAGCGAGGAAGAGCGGGCGGAAAUAGAGAGAAAGGCAGCGGAAACCGUAGCCAAGGACUGGCGCAGAAGACAGAUCAUUUAUGCGGGCAUAAUCUGCGUCUGCAUGUUUUUGGCACUAGGUGCACUGACUUGGUGGCACGCUGCUCUCAUCACUCGGGGAGAAACGAGCAUCGAGGCGCGUAUCAAUAGCACGGAAUCGCAAAAAUACCGGGCGCAGGGUAAAUUUUAUCAGAAUCCUUAUGACUUCGGACCGAGAGAAAACUGGAAAUUGUUCUUGGGGAUAAAAGACAGAAGCUGGUGGUAUGUGUUACUUCCAUCGACCCAUGGUCCAUACGGCGACGGACUUACGUGGCGAACUAUCCACGACAGCAAAAUCUCUUGAUUUUUCUGAUAUUCAAAAUAUCCAAUCGUCAAUCCUGUAUUCCGUUCAGUGUUUUUUUUUUGUUUACAACUUUUGGGUUCCUAUAUUUUUAAAUAUUCUAGUCAGGACAAUUAUACCAUAUU